AUGCCAACGCCCAGGUAUGGCACGGGAGCAGCACAUAUACCCGGUGUUGGUGACAUAGUUGUUGGUGGACUGACGAGAACAACAUAUAAUGAACUGAUAGUCAGCAUUGGGGAAAUCUUUUUGACAGCAUCAUCGCCUCUAGGGCAUGCAGGCAGUUGGUGUGAAAUCACACCUAUGCUUCAUGCGAGGUUUCGUCCAUCAGCAGAAUUUUUCAAUGGAAAAGUAUACGUCACUGAUGAUUCGAUUUCUGUGGAGAUGUUGACCUUAUUUCCUGAAGGUCCUUCUCAGUGGACCGAAGUGAUUAAUACCGCUUUUAAGCCAAGAUCGAUCACCUCAUUUAAUGGAAGUCUUCUGUUUGGCUAAAUUGACAUGUGUCUACAACGGGAUUAA